AUGUGGUAUUGUGGCGAAUCGUCGGAUGCUCUGGGGUCGGGGGUUAUAGUGCUCAUGUGCCAAUGGUUUGCACCUACAAGCUUGAUCGUAACCUAUGAAGGAGGCAACGGCAUCGAAGAUGUUGUUGUUCGCGAUGAGGGCGGGCGUGUUACUGAGCUUAAACUACCGCCCCAAGUAGUCAUGAUGCCAAACCACCAGAUAUACGCCGAUUGGUGGUACCUAUGGUGUCUCGCCUACUCCAUGAGAGCACACGCAGAUGUCCUUAUUAUUCUCAAAGACAGCCUGAAAUGGAUCCCAAUAGUCGGUUGGGGAAUGCAAUUCUUCCGGUUCAUCUUUUUGGCUCGCUCUUGGGCUCACGAUAAGCAACGGCUCACAUCGCACCUAACUCGGCUUGCUCGCACAGCAGCAGGCGGCCAGCUUCCUUUCCUACUAUUGCUCUUCCCUGAAGGCACUCUCGUGUCGCCAAACACUCGCCCACUUAGCGCCAAGUACGCUGCCAAGACGGGUAUCCAGGACAUGCAGCACAUACUUCUACCGCGCUCGACCGGCCUAUUAUUUUGUCUUCGUGUGCUAUCGCCACAUAUGCCAUCUCUCAAACUGCUUGAUGUUACCAUCGCCUACCCGGGAAUCCCGCGCGGAGGUUAUGGACAAGCAUACUACACGCUGCGAAGCAUUUUCAUGCAGGGUGUACCUCCACCUCGUGUCCAUGUGCACUUGAGGCUUUAUGACGUUGCGCGUGACGUCCCCAUCGGCGUGCCUCGAGGAGAAGAAGAAGCCAAUGAGACCGAGCGUGCAGCCUUUGAUCAAUGGCUGUUGGCCCGAUGGAAAGAAAAGGAUAAUUUAAUGGAACAGCAACUCACUGAAGGUAGAUUCAGAUCAUCAUCAGAGAAGCCAUCCGCAAGUUCCGUAGCUAUCGGCGGCGGAAAGGAGACCAAAAAAUGGGACGAAGAGAGGGCGCUCGAUAAGGAAGAAUCAGGCGCAGUCGAAUGGCCAAUUCGACUUAACUCCAAGGCCGAAAUCAUGGAUGCGUUUAGUUGGUUCAUGCCAUUCAUUACCGGAAUUACUGCCUGGAAACUUUCCGGUUUUAUUAAAUCUGUAAUGUGA